AUGAUCUUAUUACUUCAUUUAAUUAUAUCAAUUUUCAUCCAUAAUGUUGAAUCUAAAAUUGAAAGUUGUUCAUCGAAUAAGGAAGAUACCUGCAUUGACCACCUAGAAAGCAACAAAUAUUCUGAAGUUACGAAUGCGAUAUAUGAAAAAUAUUUGAGAGCAAUUGAGAAAUCGGAAGCUGAGUACACGGAAUGUAAGUCGAAAAAAUGUAAAUGUUUUGGUGAUAUUAUAGAUAAAGAUUUAAAGAUUUUUGCGGAACAUGGUAUCGAUGAAGAAUUAAUAAAUACUGCAAAAUCCAGGGGAACAUUUUACCAGAUAAUUAAUGGUAAUUUAUACAGAGAGAAAAAUUGUAUGUUUCCGUCACGAUGUAAUGGCAUUCAAUAUUUCAUUUCGAAAUUGGUAGAUAAUCUACCGAAUAUUAGUUUUAUCAUUAAUACUCGAGAUUAUCCACAAUCAAGUAAAUAUUUUGGUGAACCAUUGCCAAUUUUUUCUUUCAGUAAGACUGCUGAGUAUGACGAUAUUACAUAUCCAGCAUGGACGUUUUGGGAAGGUGGGCCAGCAAUUUCCUUAUAUCCUCGAGGUCUCGGCAGAUGGGACUUGCAUCGUAAAUCGCUGAACAAAGCGAGUCGAGAGAAUCCCUGGGAUGAAAAGGAGGAGAAAGCUUUCUUUAGGGGUUCGAGAACCAGCUCCGAAAGAGAUAAUUUAAUUUUAUUAAGCCGUGCAAAGCCAGAGCUUGCUGACGCGCAAUAUACAAAGAAUCAAGCUUGGAAAUCAGAAAAGGAUACGCUAAAUUCACUACCUGCGACAGAAGCUUCAUUGGAAUCUCACUGCUCGUACAAGUAUCUCUUCAAUUAUCGAGGCGUCGCGGCCUCAUUCAGGCAUAAGCACUUAUUUCUCUGCGGUUCUCUCGUCUUUCAUGUUGGCAAUGAGUGGACAGAAUUUUAUUACCACGCGAUGAAGCCAUGGAUUCAUUACAUUCCCGUGCCCAAGAAUGCUACGCAAAAACAAUUAGAAGAACUUAUUCGAUUUGCAAAGGAUCAUGACACCAUCGUUAAAAAGAUUGCUGAUAGAGGAAGGAAUUUCAUAUGGGAACGACUUAAAUUGUCUGAUGUAAUCUGUUACUGGAAAAGACUUCUUAAACAAUAUUCUAAACUAUUCAAGUACAAGCCAACUCUAAAUGCAGAUUUAAUAAGAAUUUAAGUUU